CCUCUCCGGACUUUGUGUCACAUUUUCAAAAACUGUGCUUCUUCCGGCUAGCAGUCGGUGAAAUUAGCAGAAGAAAAUUUAACCUUCCCAUAUAGUUGGGUUGCUUGGUUUAAAAAGAAAUAUGUUGAAGAUUACUGAACCAAUGCAAUGCAUUGCCAGACUUGUUAUAAAAAGACAGAAGUUGUUCUCCUCAUUGUACCAUUCAUCUGUACCCAGUUGUAAGGAGAAUAAAGAUAUAAUCUCAACAGAUAAGGAAAACAUUCAAAUCAUUAAAAAGGAAACUGAUACAGGACUGAUGAGGCCAAAGUUUGAAGCCAGCCAAGACAUUCAAAGCCCACCACCUCCUGAGGAAGACCAACCAAACCCUAGGGACAGAAAAAAUAAAAUUGACAUGAGAUUCAUUCCUAAAACAUACACCAAAACUCCACAGGCAAUACAGUAUACCAAGAAAUCAGCAUUGAUAUUUGAUAGUUUAGAAUCUAAACCUAAGACUUUGCAAACAUUCAAGACAGCUUGUAAUAUAUAUUUAGAUAAAGAAGGUCUCUAUAGAAGAGGUCAUGUAGAAUUUAUAUUUGCUGCCAGAGAUAAAUUGAAAGAAUACAAGCUUAACUAUGAUUUAAAUGCAUAUAAAGCUUUAAUGAAUGUAUUUCCAAAGGAGAGAUUAAAACCACGGUCAAAAAUUGAAGCAGAAUUUAGACGAUAUCCCAAACAACAAGAUUGUGCAAUUGAAGUACUUGAUACAAUGGGAAAAAAUGGUGUAAUUCCAGAUGUUCAAUUUUAUAAUCUGAUUCUAUCUAUAUUUGGAGAGUACUCACAUGUAACCAGAAAACUACAGCGGACAAUGUAUUGGUUGCCUAAGUUUAAACAUGCCAAUCCAUGGCCAAUUCCUAAACUUCUACCAGAUAACAGAAUAGAAUUAGCCAAACUAGCAUUGAAACGUAUGGCCUUUGACAUCAACAAUGAACUAACUGUGUGGAAAACAACUGAAACAGAAGAGAAUCCAAAUGAAGAUACAUUUAUUGUUAGUGCACAAAGUGCAAAACAAAGGGAGCUAAUAAGGAAACUGUCUCCUGACAAAGCUGUUUUUGUAGAUGGUGGUUACAAUGUUUACCUCAGAAAUGUAAUGCAGACAUAUUUUGUAUUAAGAGCUGACCCUGAACCUGAGCCUGAAGUUAAAGUCGAUGAAGAGGAAGAUUUAUUCAACUGGACAACCAUCUUUGAAGAAGAAAAGCCAUCAUCAAUAGUAUUAAAGAAGUCAGUGCAUGAACAGGAAGAUGGUGUUAUUUUAGGAAUGUGCAUAACAGGAAGUUCUACUCGAGAUUCUCUGGUGUCAUGGAUAAGAUACCUGCAAGAUUCAAAUCCAAACUUAGAACAUAUUCCUGUUGUAUUUACACUUAAAACAGUAGGUCAAGGGACAGAUGUUGUUAAAUAUGAUCAAAACCAAAAACAGUCAAGUGCUAGCUAACAAAUAAAGUGUUUAGGUUAA